UCAAAGUGUGUUGAGUGAAGAAAAAAACCAAAGACUGCUUUCGCAACUAAGAUUUUAGGCAACGUCAGUCAGACUCAGCCAGGAUACAGCCAGGGCCAGGGUAGGGAGUGGCACCGAGGCGAGUACAGCGAGUGAGGAUGGCCAACGCGGUGAUCCCGGCAGCUAACCAGCUCCAACAACCGUCCCGGAUUUCGCCCCAACCAGGAGCCCAUCCGCUCGAGGAUGGCGGCGGCGGCGGCGGUGUCAAGCGGCCCGAGUUGGACAAACGGCGCAUUCAUCGGAUGUUCAGCUGGACCGCAGACUCACCGGCAAUCACCGGCAGCGAGACGAGCGUGGCGACAAUCGACGAUGGAGGGACGAUGUGGAGCAGACAGCAGAACGCCGUGUCGGUGCGGCACGCGUUCAAAUCUUACGGCACCAAGAAGAAACCAAAUCAAGUUCUAUCGAAUCUUAACAUGACAGUAGCCAAAGGAACUAUUUAUGGACUUUUAGGAGCAUCCGGUUGCGGUAAGACCACACUUCUUUCGUGCAUAGUUGGGAGGAAGCGGCUCAACUCGGGAGAAAUAUGGGUUCUGGGAGGCAAGCCAGGAACAAAAGGAUCCGGUGUGCCCGGCGCACGCGUAGGUUACAUGCCUCAGGAGAUAGCUUUAUACGGAGAGUUCUCGAUCCGCGAGACGAUGAUGUACUUUGGCUGGAUCUUCGGCAUGCACACGUCGGAGAUCGUCGAGCGAUUACAGUUUCUGCUCAACUUUCUCGAUCUGCCAUCGGAGUCACGGUUGGUGAAGAACUUGAGCGGUGGCCAACAGCGCCGGGUGUCGUUUGCCGUCGCGCUGAUGCACGACCCGGAGCUGCUCAUCCUGGACGAACCGACCGUCGGUGUGGAUCCGCUGCUGCGACAAAGUAUAUGGAACCAUCUGGUGCACAUCACGAAGGCCGGUCAGAAGACGGUCAUCAUUACGACGCACUACAUCGAGGAAGCCCGACAAGCGCACACGAUUGGUCUGAUGCGAUCUGGGCGAUUGCUGGCAGAAGAGUCCCCCGCCUGCCUGCUGUCGAUGUAUCGCUGCAGCAGCCUGGAAGAUGUCUUCUUGAAGCUGUCUCGCAAGCAAGGCCAAGCCAACGUAGCCCCAGCUGAGCUUAACAUCAGCAACAACAUUUCGCUGUCGGCGCUAGCAUUCGGCAACAAAAAGGACAACCCAGUCUACGUCAGCCAGGAGAGCGGGGUCGUGGGACUGAACUUCCACCAGAGCAAGGAGGUGCUCAUCAGUGACAGUAAUGGAUCCACUAUUGCUAUUAACGGACUCAACGGAUCGGCGCCCGGUGCAAUCAGCGAAGCAGUCGACUGUGACAACUGCGCAGAGUGUUCCGGUUGCUCCAAUUUCACAUCGAAGGGCAAGAUCAAGGCGCUGCUGGUGAAAAACUUCUUGCGCAUGUGGCGAAACGUCGGGGUUAUGCUGUUCAUCUUCGCGCUUCCGGUGAUGCAGGUGAUACUGUUCUGCCUGGCGAUCGGACGUGACCCAACCAACCUGAAAAUGGCCAUCGUGAACGGCGAAAUGAACUCGACCAUCGACUCGGACUGUGUCUUCGAUCCCGGGUGUAGCUUCACAAGUCUGUCAUGCCGCUACCUGAGCCAUCUCAACUCGACCAUCGUCAAGGAAUACUACACGGACCUGGACUCGGCCUUGGGGGCCGUACGUGACGGCAACGCCUGGGGAGCCCUCUACUUCACCGACAACUUCACCGACGCCCUCGUGGCACGCAUCGCUCUAGGUCGAGAUGCGGACGAUGAAACCCUGGACCAAUCAGAGAUUCGCGUGUGGCUCGAUAUGUCCAACCAGCAGAUCGGGAUCAUGCUGAACCGCGAUCUGCAGGUGGCGUACCGGGAGUUUGCCCAGCAGCUGCUCCGCGUGUGCGACAACAAUCCGAAACUCGGCGAUGUGCCCAUCCAGUUCAAGGCGCCCAUCUACGGGACAAACGAUCCGUCCUUCACGGACUUUGUCGCGCCCGGUGUCAUUUUGACCAUUGUGUUCUUCCUGGCAGUCGCACUCACAUCCUCGGCGCUGAUCAUCGAGCGCACCGAGGGCCUGCUGGAUCGCUCGUGGGUCGCCGGUGUCACGCCGACGGAGAUUCUGCUGUCGCACGUCAUGACGCAGUUCGUGGUGAUGUGCGGCCAAACGGCGCUGGUACUCAUCUUCAUGAUCGUGGUGUUUGGCGUUACCAACAACGGCGAGAUCGGCUGGAUCGUGGUCCUGACCAUCCUGCAGGGUCUGUGCGGUAUGUGCUUCGGGUUCGUUAUCUCGGCCAUCUGUGAGCUCGAACGGAACGCGAUCCAGCUCGCGCUGGGAUCCUUCUACCCGACGCUGCUCCUCUCGGGCGUUAUCUGGCCGAUCGAGGGCAUGCCGCUCGUGCUGCGGUACGUGUCCCUCUGCCUACCCCUCACGCUGGCGACCACCUCGCUCCGUUCGAUACUGGCGCGCGGCUGGAGCAUAACGGAGCCGGACGUGUAUAUGGGCUUCGUGUCGACGAUCGCCUGGAUUGCGCUGUUCCUCAUCGUGACGGUGCUGGUGCUCAAGUUCAAGCGCGGCUAG